AUAAAAAAUAUGCAUAUUAAAAGGCAAUUUAUUUAUUUUUACUCGCCUUUGCUGAUAAGAUUUGAUUAGGGAAGAUCAUGCAUUUAAAAAUAGUAGUUUCACAUUAGAUGUUUGCAUGAUUCGAAAUCUUUGUAGUUCUUCAUUAGUUUGAAAAUCAUUGUGGUCUAUAACUCUUCAUUGAUUCUUUAAGUUCUGAUCUAAAACUGUUCUUUGAAUUAAGGAUGAUGAGAGUUAAUGAAAGUAAAAGAGACAGAAAUUAUUUUAGUUUGAGGAUAAUUGUAAUGUGGUUCCUAUUGCUUUCAGAUGAAAAAACUGAUGCAUUAAAAAUACCUGUCACAGGAAUUUUAAAUUAUAAUGCAGAUAGAAUAGGCACACUUCUGCGUGAAAAAAGAUCCCUUAAGAGGAUAGGGUGUGAUGCAUUAAAGGCUUCAUCACUAACAGCAGGAUUAACAGCUGAUAUUGCUAAUGUCUAUACAAGUGCUCUCAGCUCGGGUGGUUUUUUUGGUAGUAUUCCUGCUGGUGCUUCUGCAUUGACUUCUAAGAUUGCUUACACUGUAAAAUAUGCUGCAGAUAUUGAAUAUGCGGAUCUACGUUGUGACGAAAUCCCAUUUGAUGAAAUAAAGGAAAUAUUAGGGGCAAGAUUUCACAAGGUAGAUGAUGGUUUAAGUAGGAAUUAUGGUGCUAUUCAAGAGAACUUAAAUGCAAUACAUGGAAAUUAUAAAGCAAUUCGACGAGUUGAAGAUAAAGUUGAAAAAAAUUUUGUAGCUAUACAAUCUGGAUUUGCAACAGUAUCCAGUCAACUUGGUAAAGCAAGAGAUGAAAUAAAAGAAGGUUUUGAAAAGAUUCAAUCCUUUAUAAGGAAAUCCAAAGCAAAAGAGGCUACUUCGGGACUAAUCACAUACAUAGAAUAUUUCCAUCUUGAAAAAAAUGCUCUGAAAUAUCUCUCUCAUGAGCAACUUAUUACUCAUCUUGAAGCAGAAGAUAGCAUCUUGAAUGAUUUCAAAAAAUCUAGAACUCCUCAUUCAGCUACUAAUUUACACACACUUUUAAACAAUAUUGUUAAUCAAGGACUGGCUAUACCAGAAAGUGCGAAUGACGAAACAGCAUUUACAGUGCUUUAUUUACUGUGUUUAGGAACAAAUACUUAUAAUUCCAUCUUAUCUUUUUUACUGACUGGCUACAAUUACCUUGCAAAUGAAAGUUACCAAAAAAGCGACUUAGAGAAAUAUAACCAGUACUUGUCUGUUUCUUUAAGAACAUUGAAAGGUUUUACAAAUUCUUUGAUUGGAGUUGAUAACAUGAAUGGAUUAAUUGAUAAGGUUAUAAUUGUACUCAAUACAGUAAAAACCUUAGAUUUUAUCAAAACUAAAAAAAGUAACAUUGUUGAAUUUGUUUCAAAAAAAAUAAAUUACUUUAAUCAGAUAAAAUCCUAUCUUCUGGCAAUAAAUAAUUUACCCAAUACCAAACCAAGGGAACAAAUAAGAUAUAACUUUACUGCUUCUACAAUAAGAACCCCUUUUAUCGGAUGGAAAGAUCACAGAAAAAUCAGUUAUGCUGUUCAAUAUAUGAAUGGGGGGAUUUAUUCUGAAGUUAGUGAUUGGUCUAUCCCUUAUACAAUAUACGGACAAGCAUGUCCAGCUCUUGAUAUAGGAACUGCUCCACGGGAUACAACACGCAUUAUUUUUAGAAAAUUUGAUCAUGAGAAGCCUGAAUUGGUAGGCAUUAUUGAAAACAACCAUCAAAUUGAAUUUCGAGAUAUUCAUCGGGAUCUUUACAAUUCAGCUUUAGAGGCAAAUGAAGAAAUUGCAGCAUUGGAUAUUGAUGUAUUGAUCAAAAAUGGGGCAAACGUUACUAUUCCUUUUGAAGAAGGACGUCAAGCAGUACAUGCGGCUGCACAAGCGGGUAAUCUAGGGACACUGUUAACUUUAGUAAACAAUGGUGCUGAUAUUAACGCACAAGACGGGAAUGGUUUUUCUCCUCUUCAUAUUGCAGCUGAAUUAGGAUAUGAAAAUUUCAUCACAGGGCUAAUCAGACAUGGAGCUGAUGUCAGUGUAACUUCAAACUUAGAUUGGACACCAUUGCAUGUAGCAGCAGAAAUGGGUCAUAUUAGAGCAAUCGAAAAUUUAUUACAAGCUGAAAACAUUGAUACUGAAGCAAAGACUGUAGGUGGCUUUUCUCCACUCCAUUUGACUGUGACUUCCAAUAAAAAUAAUGCCGUAGAUAUGCUGUGUGCUGAUGAGAGAGUCAAUGUAAAUAUCCAAUCAGAAAAAGGUCUUGCUCCAAUACAUUUGGCUGUUUUAGGAGGAUAUGAACAAACAAUUAAUAUAUUACUUAGUAAGAAAAAGAUGGACAUUAAUUUAGAAUCACAUGGGAAUCUGACAGCACUUCAUCUAGCAUCUACUACAGGGAAUGCGAGGAUUGUUAAGCAGCUUCUCGGAGAUAACAGGACAGAUGUCAAUGCUCAUUCUGAUGAGGGUUGGACGCCACUUCACUUAGCUGUUUUGCUUAAUAAAGAAGGUGUUGUUUUUGAAUUACUAGGUAUAAACGAGACAAACAUCAAUGCAAAAGGAAAAGAUGAAUUAACAGCCUUACACCUAGCCGCUUCAGUGGGACUGAAAUCUAUCUUAUACAUUUUAGUGAAUUCGGGAGUGGAAUUGGAAUCGUGUGAUGUACGUGAUUAUACACCACUUCAUCUUGCUGCUGAAAAAGGACAUUUAGAGAUCGUUAGUUUCCUCAGUAAUCAAGGAGUUAACUUAAAUAAGAGACAGGAAAGUGGUUACACACCCUUGGGUCUAGCAGCUUUUAAUGAUCAAAUAGAUGUAGUUGAUUUUCUUGUAGCUCAAGGAGCCAGUAUUAACAUAAAAAAUAAAGAUGGUAUGUCUCUUAUAGAUGAAGCAGCACAUAUGGGUCAUUUUGAAAUAUUAGAAUUUUUUAUAGAAAAAGGCGGCAAUUAUAACGAGAGUGCGCUGUACUGGGCAGUUUACGGAGAUCAGUUAGAAAUAGUUAAAUAUUUAAUAGAGAUGAAAGAAAUGAAUCUAACAAUGAAAGACACUAAUGGGAAAACACUUUUCCACUUAGCUGUAGAGUUAGAUCGGCAAAACACAGUUAAGUACUUCAUUGAUACUAAACAGGCUGAUUUUACAACUGCGGACAAUAUGGGCAUAAUGCCUUUACAUUCAGCAAUAGAACAUGGCUACGUAAAAAUAAUCAACUAUUUAAUUGAAGCAGAAGAUGCGAAUGUAGACAUUAAGGAUAGUUACCGUAACACUCCUCUACACUAUGCAUCGUCUAAGAAUGAUCUUAUAGUUGUAGUAGAAAAACUACUUGAUAAAGGUGCAAAAAUUGAAGCUAGAAACAAGUAUGGUGAAACACCUAUGCACAGUGCUUCCAAAAAAGGCAUUUUAGCUGUUGUAGAAAAACUGCUAGAGAAAGGUGCAGAAAUUAAUGCUCCGAAUACUAUAUAUAUAACACCUUUGCACUGGGCUGCUGCAGGAGGCCAUUUAGCAGUAGUAGAAAAGUUGAUAGAGAAAGGCGCAGAUAUUAAUGCUACAGAGAUGGGGGGCUUAACAGCUCUUCACUCUGCUGCGUCAUUUAAUCAUUUAGCUGUGGUAGAAAAGUUGAUAGAGAAAGGUGCAGAUUUUAAAGCUAUGGAUAUACGUGGUGCAACGGUUCUGCACUGGGCUGCUACAGGAGGUGGUCUAGCGGUAUUAGAAAAAAUGAUAGCGAGAGGUUUAGAUAUUGAAGCCAAGGAUGGACGUGGCGCAACCCCCCUGCAAUGGGCAGCUUCAGGAGGUCAGUUAGCUGUAGUAGAAAAGUUGAUAGAGAAAGGUGCAGAUAUUGAAGUCAAGGAAGAUGGGGGGUUAACAGCCCUGCACUUGGCUGCUUUAUUUGAUCAUUUGACUGUAGUAGAAAAACUGCUAGAGAAAGGUGCGAACAUUGAAGCUAGAAAUGAAGAAGGUGAAACAGCUUUGCACAGUGUUUCCAAAAAAGGUCUUAUAGCUGCUGUCGAAAAGCUAAUAGAUAAAGGUGCAGAAAUUGAUGCACUGAAUAUUGUAGAUGCAACGCCUUUGCACUGGGCAGCUGCAUUAGGUCAUUUAGCUGUAGUAGAAAAGUUGAUAGAGAAAGGUGCAGAUAUUCAUGUUAAAGAUACAGGAGGUGCAACACCUUUGCACUGGGCUGCUAUGGGAGGUAGUUUAGCAGUAUUAGAAAAGUUGAUUGAGAAUGGUGCCGAUAUUAAUGCUAAGGAUAAUACAGGUGAAACACCUCUUUAUAAGGCUGCUAGUUACUUACGCUUAGUAGUAGUUGAAAAGCUUGUAGAAAAAGGAGCGGAUGUUAAUGCUAAGGAUAAUACGGUUAGAUCAUGUCUGUACACAACUGAGACUGCCAAAAGUGGAGAAUUAAUUAAUUGCCUCAGAAAUAUAUUACUUACUUAAAAUGAGACUAGCAAUUGAUUCAUAUAUUGGAUCUGAAGUUUUACCACUAAGAUGACUUAGUCUAUGUCUACACUUAAUAAAAUAAAAUAAAACUUUUUUUUGCUAUGCAAA